AUCAGUUCGGCGCGACAGCCGACUCAGUCCACCAUAGUGCGUCGCGAGCGCUGGUUCGACCACCACGUCGCACUGCCGAAACCCCACCGCGCGACCUGUGCAAACAGAUACUCCAUAGUGAAUGUCAUAUAACGAUUCGUCUAGUGUAUUCCGCCUGUAAAAACAUUUCAAUGGCGCCCGCGCAAAAGAACGUCGACGCCGACGUGUGCGACAGCGACCUGCCUUCCCAAAUCAAAAUGAGGCUUAUGGCUAUGGACAGUAAGAGCCAAAACCGAGAAGUACAUUGUGAUAACAAUAAUUCCGUGGACAAUAUUAGUGAGAAAGUGAACGUAGAUACAGGGUUCGACUUACAAAAAUACGAGGCUAUGGAGUUCAAAUCAAAGUUUAGAUGGCCUGAUCUGACAGUGCAAGUGUUGUUGCAUUUAGUUUCUAUUUAUGGACUGUACCUGAUAGUUACAUUUAAAGUGAAAUUCUUAACAACGAUUUUUGCAUUCCUGACAAUAUACACAUCAGGCUUCGGCAUCACAGCGGGCGUGCACCGACUGUGGUCACACCGAGCGUACCAAGCCCGUACGCCGCUACGGGUGCUACUGGCGCUGCUCUUUACCAUCACCGGACAGCGCGACAUCUACACGUGGGCGCUGGACCACCGCGUGCACCACAAGUACACGGAGACCGCUGCGGAUCCGCACGACAUCCGGCGCGGGUUCUGGUUCGCGCACGUGGGGUGGCUCGUGCUCACGCCGCACCCCGCCGUCGAGGACCGCCGCGCCGCCUUCAGGCUCACCUCGAGGGACCUCGACUCCGAUCCUGUCGUUGCGUGGCAGAAGAAAUACUUCAUCCCUUUGUUCGCGCUGCUGAAUGUAAUCCUGCCCGUAUGGAUCCCGUGGUACUGCUGGGACGAGUUACUGGUGAACAGUUUUGUGGUCAGCUUCGUCACGAGAUUCACGAUCACGCUCAACAUCGCAUUCUGCGUCAACAGCUUCGCGCACCUGUGGGGGAACAAGCCUUACGACAGGUUCAUAAAAUCGACCGAGAGCGUGAUGGUAAGCUUGGCUGCCCUGGGCGAGGGCUGGCACAACUACCACCACGUGUUCCCGUGGGACUACAGGACCUCCGAGCUCGGCCGCAUCAACAUCUCGACAGGCUUUAUUGACGCUUUUGCUAAAAUUGGAUGGGCGUAUAAUUUAAAAACCGCAACAAAAGCCAUGAUCAUUAGCCGAGCGAAGCGGAGUGGGGACGGCACCUUGGGAGACAUGGAGGAGCCCGAUCCUACGCUGAAAAAUGAAGGCAUCGAAUGAGGCUGCAACUAGAAUAAUAUAUAGGCUUUCAUUUGAGACACGCUGACGCUGGAAAGCGGCAAUUACAAUUCGAAAUUUCGGCAAAACAUUCCUAUUAAGACAUUUUCAUUUAGUGCUCUAAAUUAAAUAUGUAACAUGACUGUUAGA